GCUCUCAUUACUUGCGAGUACGGGCUUCGAACGGGAAACGGGAUUCGGCUGGGAAACCGAUCCCGUGGCCCGGGGGGAAGGAUUCGCUAGUUCUCCUCUUAAAGGAAACCACCACGCGAAGCGAUCGCAAUUUCGUGAUCCCAUCUUGUUUCUUUUACUCUUUUCUAAUUCUUGUUUCGCGUGGCUUUGGCGGGAAAGAACUAAAGGGGUGCCCGCCUGGUCUCCUCCCCCUCUUUUUUCGAUUCGUGGCUAGGGUUUUCGAAGGUGUUUGUCGUGUUGCUUCCCCCUUCCUACCGGUCGUCGCCUGCGAAUCAGGGCUCUUAGGGUUGCCGGGCGUUCCUCUUAGGGUUCUGGGAGGCAAAGAUGAGCUAUCGGAAGGGCUCCAAGGUCUGGCUCGAAGACAAGGACUCCGCGUGGCUAGAGGCCGAAGUGAUCGAUGUGAAGGACAAGCUCGUCACAGUAGUAGAACCAACUCGGAGGAAGAAGGUUACGGUUGCUUCGGCGAAAUUAUUGCCUAGGGAUGCGGAUGGUGAUCUCGGAGGGGUCGAUGAUAUGACGAAGCUGACGUAUCUCAAUGAACCGGGUGUUCUUUACAAUCUUUCAAGAAGAUACGCACUUAACGAGAUAUACACAUACACAGGAAGCAUCUUGAUUGCAGUGAAUCCAUUCACCAAACUACCUCAUCUUUAUAAUGAGCACAUGAUGGAGCAGUAUAAGGGUGCCCGACUUGGAGAGUUGAGUCCUCAUGUUUUUGCGGUGGCUGAUGCAUCUUACAGAGCUAUGAUGCACGAAGUACGCAGUCAGUCCAUCUUGGUUAGUGGGGAAAGUGGAGCAGGGAAGACCGAGACAACGAAGUUGAUUAUGCAGUAUCUGACGCAUGUUGGUGGUAGGGCUGCAAAUGAUGACCGAACAGUUGAACAACAAGUUCUGGAAUCAAAUCCACUUUUGGAAGCAUUUGGUAAUGCAAAAACAGUCAGAAAUGAUAACUCAAGUCGCUUUGGAAAAUUUGUUGAGAUUCAGUUCGAUGCAAGUGGUAGAAUAUCUGGUGCUGCAAUUAGAACUUACCUUUUGGAGAGGUCUCGUGUAGUCAAGAUCACAGAUCCAGAGAGGAAUUAUCACUGUUUUUAUCAAUUAUGUGCCUCUCGAAAGGAUGCUGACAAAUACAAGCUUGGCCAUCCAAGCAGCUUUCAUUACUUGAACCAAAGCAACUCAUAUGAAUUAGAUGGAAUAAGUAAUGCAGAAGAAUAUUUGAAGACGAGGAGGGCAAUGGAUAUAGUUGGGAUAAGUGUAGAUGAUCAGGAAGCCAUAUUAAGUACAUUAGCUGCUAUUCUUCAUCUCGGCAAUGUCGAGUUUUCACCUGGCAAAGAACAUGAUUCUUCGACCAUUAAGGACUCAAUGUCCUACUUUCACCUUCAAACAGCAGCUGAUUUAUUCAUGUGCAAUCCUGACCUUAUGAUUUCAACAUUGUGUACACGUGCAAUACAGACCCGUGAAGGAAUUAUAAUUAAAGCACUUGACUGUGCUGCUGCUGCUGCUAAUCGUGAUGCUUUAGCAAAGACUGUAUAUUCUCGAUUGUUUGACUGGCUUGUUGAAAUUAUUAACAAGUCUGUUGGGCAAGACCUAGAUUCUAAGAUACAGAUUGGAGUCUUGGACAUUUAUGGCUUUGAGUGCUUCCAAAAUAACAGCUUCGAGCAAUUCUGCAUCAACUUUGCAAAUGAAAAGCUUCAACAACAUUUUAAUGAGCAUGUUUUUAAAAUGGAGCAGGAAGAAUACAGAAAUGAGGAAAUUAAUUGGAGCUAUAUUGAAUUCAUAGACAAUCAAGAUGUUUUGGAUUUGAUUGAGAAGAAACCCAUUGGAAUAAUUUCUCUCUUGGAUGAAGCUUGCAUGUUCCCAAGGUCAACACAUGAAACAUUUUCUACUAAACUAUUUCAGAGUUUCAGAUCACAUUCCAGAUUAGAAAAGGAAAAGUUUUCUGAAACAGAUUUCACCAUUUUACAUUAUGCUGGAAAGGUGACUUAUCAGACAAAAUCUUUUCUAGAUAAAAAUCGGGAUUACAUUGUUAUUGAACACUGUAAUCUUUUGUCAUCUUCAAGAUGUCCUUUUGUUUCUGGACUGUUUGAUUCACUACCUGAGGAGUCCUCGAGAUCAUCAUACAAAUUUUCAUCUGUCGCCUCCAGAUUUAAGCAACAACUUCAAUCACUCAUGGAAACACUGAACUCAACAGAACCUCAUUACAUACGUUGUGUAAAGCCAAAUUCUUUAAACCGCCCACAGAAGUUUGAGAAUCAGAGUGUCCUACAUCAAUUGCGAUGUGGAGGUGUUCUUGAGGCUGUUCGAAUAAGUCUUGCUGGUUAUCCGACUAGAAGAUUUUAUUCGGAAUUUAUAGACCGAUUUGGGCUUUUAGCUCCUGAACUUUUGGAUGGAAGCUAUGAUGAAAAGGCAUUGACAAGAGGAAUUCUUCAUAAGUUGAAGCUUGAAAAUUUCCAACUUGGCAGGAAUAAAGUUUUCCUUAGAGCUGGUCAAAUUGCAAUCUUAGAUUUACGGCGUAAUGAGGUUUUGGAAAAUGCUGCGAAGUUCAUUCAGGAUCGUUUUAGAACAUUUGUGGCUCAUAGAGAGUUUGUUGUGACUCGAGUUGCUGCAAUUACUCUCCAAGCAUAUUGCCGAGGCUGUUUAUCCAGAAGAAUGUUUGCAACUAAAAGACGAAUAGCAGCUGCGGUUUCAAUUCAAAAACAUGUUCGAAGAUGGCUGUUACGGCGGACUUUCUUGCAAGUUUAUUCAGCAGUUGUAGUAAUUCAAUCUAGUAUUCGGAGUUCCAUUGGUCGGCAGAGAUACGUGUGUAUUAAGGAGCAUAGGGCUGCGGUGUUUAUCCAGGCUUGGUGGAGAAUGUUAAAGACAUGCAUGGCUUUUCAGGAAUACCGAAAUGCUGUGGUGUGCAUUCAAUGUGCUUGGAGAUGUAAACUUGCAAAAAGGGAGCUUCGGAGGCUUAAAUUGGCUGCAAAUGAAGCUGGAGCUUUACGUGAAGCUAAGAGUAAGCUUGAGAAGAGAUUGGAAGAUCUUUCAUGGCGUUUGGCUUUAGAGAAAAAGCUGCGGUUUGCAAGUGAAGAGUCAAAAAUGCUGGAAAUUUCAAAACUUCAAAAAGCUCUGGAUUUAAAGAAUGCUGAUCUGGAUAUGGCAAAGUCGGCUACUGCCAUAGAGUGCAAAAAGAAUGCCAUGCUUCAGAAUCAGUUGAACAGUACUUUGAAGGAAAAGGAAGCUAUCAUGAUUAGCCUCAAUGCAAUGUCAGAACUUAAAAAGGAGAACUUGAACAUGCAGAAUUCUGUCCAGUCUCUUGCAAAAAAAAAUUUGGAUUUGGAGAGUGAGCUUCUUAAAGCAAAAAAGUGUAAUGAUGAAACCCUGGAGAAAUUACAUGAUAUGGAAGAAAAAUGUCUAGAGCUUCAAGGGAACUUGAACAGCUUGGAGGAGAAGCUUUCAAGUUUGCAAGAUGAAAAUCAUAUCCUCAGCCAAAAGACAAUAAGCAUGUCACCUAUGAACAACCUUUCUGGGGUCAAACCUUUAUCUGAGAAAUACUCGAAUGCACUUGCGCUAUGCAACAUUGACCAGAUGCCUACAUUUGAGACGCCACCUACAAAAUAUCUUAUUCCUCUUCCUCAAAGCUUGUCGGUAUCACGAAGGACAAGGAGGGGUGUUGAGAGACACGAGGAAAAUCAUGAACUGCUUUUAAGGUGCAUUAAAGAAAAUUUGGGGUUUAAGGAAGCUAAACCAGUUGCGGCUUGUGUCAUUUAUAAGUGUCUUCUCCAUUGGCAUGCCUUUGAGGCUGAAAGAACAGCUAUUUUUGAUUUCAUAAUUGAGGGAAUCAACGAUGUUCUAAGGGUGGACAACGAACAUGAUAACUUACCUUAUUGGUUGUCCAACACUUCUGCACUUCUAUGCCUCUUGCAGAGGAAUCUUCGAUCAAAUGGUUUCCUUGCAACACCUCGACGUUCUGGAUCCUUGGGUCUAAAUCGAAGAAAUGUACAAAGUCUGAAAUCACCUUCAAAGCUUAUUGGAGGAGAUGAUAACCUGGCAUAUGUGGAUGCACGGUAUCCAGCUAUCCUUUUUAAGCAGCAAUUGGCUGCCUGCUUGGAAAAGAUUUUUGGAUUGAUGAGGGAUAACCUGAAGAAGGAGAUUUUACCACUUCUCAAUCUUUGCAUUCAGGCUCCAAAGUCUACUCGAGGACCUAGCGUAAGGACAUCAAAGUCACCUAGUGGUGUUGCUCAACCACCGUUGAAUACUCACUGGGACCGCAUAGUCAGAUUCUUGGAUGCACUUAUGGAUCGGUUACGUGAAAACUUCGUACCUUCAUUUUUUAUACGUAAGCUGAUUACACAGCUCUUCUCGUUCAUUAAUAUCCAGCUUUUUAACAGUCUCUUACUACGCCGUGAAUGUUGCACAUUCUCAAAUGGUGAAUAUGUCAAGUCUGGACUUGCUUUGCUGGAAAAGUGGAUUGCAGAUGUUACAGAGGAGUAUGCAGGAACUUCUUGGCAUGAGCUAAACUACAUCAGGCAAGCUGUUGGAUUCCUGAUUAUACAUCAGAAGCGGAAAAAAACUCUUGAAGAGAUAAGGCAAGAUCUUUGCCCGGCAUUGAGUUUACGGCAAAUUUAUCGUAUAUGCACAAUGUACUGGGAUGACAAAUAUAGUACACACAGUGUAUCAAAUGAGGUUGUUGCAACAAUGAGAGAAAUGGUCAACAGAGACUCUCAGAAUCUUGUAUCAAAUUCAUUUUUGUUGGAUGAUGAUCUAUGCAUUCCAUUCUCAACGGAAGAUAUAUCAAAGGCCAUUCCUGCUAUGGACCCUACAGAUGUUGAACUUCCACAAUCCCUUCAGCAGCUUCCAUCUGUGCAGGCCCUAUUUCAGCCCUCCAAGGUGCCACUACCUUAGUUGAAGAACAACUGAGGCUUAGUUGUUGACGAUAAAAAUAUUUUGUACAUAGAGACAUGCCAUCCACUUUAAGUUGCUUCAGGCAAGUGCAUUGUUGUGCACCAGAAAGAAGCACCAUCAGACAGCUUUGAUAACCACAGCGAUGGGAAGAGAGCCCAGCAGCAGCAAUGUGAAUAUUUUGUCACUAUAACAAGCACUUGGGCUGAGGUUUUAGCUGAAUUCAAAUGAAGAUGUGAAAUGCUAUUCAGUUGUGUAUGCCUUGUAAAAUAUUCUCAUGGCUGUGGCAGAGUUAUAAGACGAAGUGAUGGUCCUUUUUUCAUUUUUGUUGGGAUGGCCUGUCCAUGCCAUUUCUGUUUAUCAGAAAUCAAGUGUUACCACUCAGCAUUGUGAUAGAACUAGGUUUAUUUAUACUAUAAAAGUCUUGAUUUUUUUAA